CGCGCGGCGCCCCAGUGGGAGGGACCGCCGCCAAGGCGCGAGAACGCGGGAAGUCUGGAGCCCCUGGCGCCGCUGCCGGAAUAUGAGUCUAGACCGCGAGCUUCGCCAGCUGAGCAAGGCCAAGGCUAAGGCGCAGAGGAGCGGGCAGCUGCGGGAGGAGGCUAAUCUCUGUCACCAGCUAGGGGAGCUCCUGGCCAGCCAUGGCCGAUACGCCGAAGCCUUGCGAGAGCACCAGCAAGAGCUGCAGCUCCUGGAGACCGCCGGCGACCCCCUGGGCUGCGCGGUGGCCCACCGCAAGAUUGGGGAGCGGCUGGCGGAGAUGGAGAACUUCACCGAGGCCCUGCAGCACCAGCACCACUACCUGGACCUGGCACGUUCCCUGUCCAACCACACUGAACAACAGAGGGCCUGGGCCACCAUUGGCCGCACUCACUUGGACAUCUAUGACCACCAGCAGACAGAGGACGCCUUGCUGCAGGCGCAGGCGGCCUUCGAGAAAAGCUUGGCUAUCGUGGAUGAGAAGCUUCAGGGGACACUGGCCAAGCGGGAGCUGAGUGAGAUGAGAACCCGACUCUACCUCAACCUGGGCCUCACCUUCGAGAGCCUGCGGCAGGCCGCCCUGUGCAGCGCCUACUUGAAGAAGAGCAUCUUUCUUGCUGAGCAGAACCACCUCUACGAGGACCUCUUUCGCGCCCGCUACAACCUGGGAGCCAUCCACUGGCGUCAGGGGCAGCACUCCGAUGCCAUGCGCUGCCUGGAGGGGGCCCGGGAGUGCGCACGCCUCCUGAAGCAGGGCUUCAUGGAGAGCGAGUGCUGCGUGCUCAUCUCGCAGGUCCUCCAAGACCUUGGGGAUUUUUUGGCUGCCAAGAGAGCCUUGAAGAAGGCCUAUAGGCUUGGCUCCCAGAAGCCUUUGCAGAAGGCAGUGGUCUGCCGGACCCUCAAGUAUGUGCUGGCGGUGGUCCAGCUGCAGCAGCAGCUGGAGGAGUGUGAGGGUCAUGACCCGCAAAGCGCCAUGAGCAUCUGUGAGCAGCUGGGGGACCUGUUCUCCAAGGCAGGCGACUUCCCCAAGGCCGCCGAGGCCUACCAGAAGCAGCUGCAGUUGGCAGAACUGCUGAGAAGGCCAGGGCCUGAGCUGGCUGUCAUCCACGUGUCCCUGGCUGCCACCAUGGCGGACAUGAAGGAUCCCCGCCAGGCUGUGCACCACUACCAGGAGGAGCUGAGGCUGCGUGACGGCAAUGCUCUGGAGGAGGCCAAGACCUGGUUGAACAUCGCGCUGUCCCGUGAGGAGGCUGGUGAUGCCUACGAGCUGCUGGCGCCAUGCUUCCAGAAGGCUCUCCGUUGUGCCCAGCAGGCUCAGCAGCCCCGGCUGCAGAGGCAAGUCCUGCGGCACCUCCACACGGUGCAGCUGAGGCUGCAGCCCCAGGCGGCCCCUGACACUGAGGCCAGGCUGCAGGGGCUGAGUGUGGCCGAGGACAAAGAGAAUGAGGGGGACGACGAGGACGAGGGGGACGACGAGGACGAGGGGGACGAAAACAUCCCGGAGGCCGUGGAGGUGGUGCUCUCAGAGAGCGAGAGUGAGGCUGACAGCCAGUCGCAGCAGCUGGAAGAGGACGAGGAACUGCGGGGCUGCCUGGGCCGGCGGUGGAACCGGCGCAACGACGUGGGGGAGACCCUCCUGCACCGAGCCUGCAUUGAGGGCCGGCUGGGCCGCGUCCAGGACCUCGUGAGGCAGGGCCACCCCCUGAACCCUCGGGACUACUGUGGUUGGACACCUCUGCAUGAGGCCUGCAACUAUGGGCAUCUGGACAUUGUCCGCUUCCUGCUGGACCACGGGGCUGCAGUGGACGACCCGGGAGGCCAGGGCUGUGAGGGCAUCACUCCCCUGCACGAUGCCCUCACCUGUGGCCACUUCGAGGUGGCCGAGCUGCUCAUUGAGCGGGGAGCCUCGGUCACCCUCCGAACGAGGCAGGGCCACAGCCCGCUGGAGACGCUGCAGCAGUGGGAGAGGCUGUACCGCAAGGAUCUGGACCUCGAGACGCGGGAGAAGGUGGCUGCCAUGGAGAGGCUGCUCCAGGCGGCCUCCUCCGGCCGAGCUCCCCACGGCUCUCUGGCUCCCCAGACCCUCCCAAGUAACAGUCCUUUUGAUCCUGAAACCUCUCCUCCGUCAAGCCGGGAACCCCCAGAAGCCUGUCAGGCCAGUGCCACGGUCUCACAGGGGCUGGCGGUGCCAGCUGUGGCCAGGCCUCGGAGGAGCAGGCACAAGCUGGCCAGCAGUAGCAGCUCGGAGGGCGAGGAUGGCACAGGCCCACCCCGGCCUGCCCAGAAGAGGCCCCGGCACUCUGCCCCAGCACAGUCGGCCAAGGCAUGGACGUCUGGCCCCGCUGAUGACAGAGAGACAGCCACAGCGGGUGCUGGCUGGGCUGCCCACCGGGCAGCUGUGCAGGGCGGUGGCAGUGCCCAGAGCUGCGGUCUGGGUCUCAGCCCCCCUCGGGGCCCUAGUGUGGCCCCUACCCUCCAGUCGGCCCUCGUCCCGGAGGAGUGCUUGGCUGGGGACUGGCUGGAGGACGACUUGCCACUGACCCACAGCCGCCGGGGCAGCCGCCCGCCUCACCCCCAGAGCAGUGAGGGCAGCAGCCGACUCAGGGCCUCAGGCUCAGGUGGCAGCUCAAGUCCUAGCAGGCCCCAGGCCCGGGCCAGGCAGAGCCGGCUGCCUCAUCUCAAGGGCUGGAGCACACCGGCCACGGCAGAAGGAGACCGCAGCUCAGCCACAGAGCCCCCACGGAGCCAGGAGGCCCCCGGGGCCACGGUGUCCGGUGGGGAGAACCCCGCAGCAGGCCAGGCCUCGGGUCAGGGCCUGCCUCCCAUCCGAGUUCGAGUUCGAGUUCAGGACAGUCUCUUCCUCGUCCCCGUCCCGCUCAGCCAGGAGGCCCACUCCGUGGCCUGGCUGGCUGAACAGGCUGCCCAGCGUUACUACCAGGCUUGCGGUCUGUUGCCCCGGCUGAGCCUGCAAAAAGAGGGGGCCCUGCUGGCACCACAGGACCCCAUCCCGGCUGUGCUGCAGAGCAACGAGGAGGUGUCGGCUGAGGUGACCUCCUGGGAUCUGCCCCCACUGACGGACCGCUACCGGAGGGCGUGCCAGAGCCUGGAGCAAGGGGAGCAUCAGCAGGUGCUACAGGUCAUGGAGCACCAGGGCUCCGGCCCUUCUUUCAGCGCCUGCUCCCUGGCCCUGCGCCAGGCCCAGCUCACCCCGCUGCUGCGGGCCCUGAAGCUGCACUCGGCUCUCCGGGAACUGCGCCUGGCAGGGAACCGGCUGGGGGACGGGUGUGUGGCUGAGCUGCUGGCUGCCCUGGACACUCUGCCCGGCCUGACCCUCCUUGACCUCUCCUCCAACCACCUGGGCCCUGAAGGCCUGCGCCAGCUUGCUGCAGGCCUCCCCGGGCAGGCUGCCUUGCAGAACUUGGAGGAGCUGGACUUAAGCAUGAACCCCCUGGGGGAUGGCUGUGGCCUGGCCCUGGCCUCCAUCCUGCAGGCCUGCCCCUUGCUCAGCGCCCUGCACCUCCAGGCCUGUGGCUUUGGCCCCAGCUUCUUCCUGAACCACCAAGCGGCCCUGGGCAGUGCCUUCCAAGAUGCCAAGUGCCUGCAGACCCUGUCCCUGUCCUACAACUUCCUGGGCGCCACCGCCCUGGCCCAGGCCCUGCGCAGCCUGCCCGCCCACACCCUCCUGCGCCUGGAGCUGAGCGCUGUGGCGGCCAGCAAGGGCAACCCAGGCCUCCUGGAGCCCGUGCUCAGAUACCUGACCGAGGAAGGCUGCACCCUGGAGCAUCUGAGCCUGUCGGCAAAUCACCUGGACGACCAGGCAGUGAGAGAACUGAGCAGGUGUCUCCCUCUGUGCCCCUCGCUGGUCUCACUGGAUCUGUCCGCCAACCCCAAGGUCAGCCGAGCCGGCCUGGAGGAGCUCCUGUCUGCCCUCCAGGAACGGCCCCAAGGCCUCAGCUUCCUGGGCCUGUCAGGCUGUGCUGUCCAGGGCCCCCUGGGCCUGGGCCUCUGGGACCAGGUGGCGGUGCAGCUGCAGGAGCUGCAGCUGUGCAGCAGACGCCUCUCCGCUGAGGACCGGGAUGCCGCGCACCAGCUGCUGCCCAGCCGGCUGGGACCCAAAGCAUGCACCCUGGACCAAGGCCCCAAGCUCUUCUUCAGGCGCCUCUGACAGGCCAGCGCCAUGCCCCACCCCACCCCCAGCUCCUAAUAAAGGAAUGCAGCUGCCUAGAA